AUGAACGAGACAAGCAAGAAGAACAGGGCAGUCAGUGUGUCAGCGUCUGAUAUAGAUGCUGAUGCUGAGGAUGACAUCGUCGCGACACAAACGGUUGACAGCGUAGCCAAGUCCAGCGACGCAGGGUUUGGCAGGUCAAUGAUUUACACACCCUCACAGGUAAUCGGCGCACUUUACUUCGACAAGAAACGCACCCUGGCAACGGGUUUAAUAAUGGCAGCCAUGUCAGUUGGAGCGCUAAUCGGUCCUCUACUGUGUGUCGUGCUCAUAGAAAUUUACACCUGGCAUGGAACGAUGUUCAUUCUAGGUGGCAUGUAUCUACAAACUGUAGCAGCUGCUGCCAUGUUUCGGGUGAUACCUAGAGCCGCCAAAGAAGAACUAAAGAAGCGCAGAAAAGACAGAAACACCCGUUUCAUUAUGUCAAUCACCGAUAUGAUAAAAUUCGGCGUUCACUGCUUGAGUAACCUCCUGAAUGUAUUUGGUAGGUCCAUACUGAUCACAUUUUGUGUACUACUUGGCAUCAAGCGGGGCAUGAGUCUCACGCGUGCUGCUCAGAUGCUGACCAUGCUGCAAGUCAGCAAUGCCAUCAGCCGCUUCCUAGUGGCAGCCGUAGGAGACAGGCGAUGGUUCCCACGUCACCUGGUCCUCGGCUUCACAGACCUUGCAGGCUUUCUCAUGGGCUACACUGGAGACGUAGGAUCCGUCUUUACCCUUUCUGGGAUCUCAUAUAUCGUUAGUGCAUCACUGAUCGGUGGCGCCCUCUUCGUUGACUACUGGCAGAAACACAUGAGGCGGGAGCCACCACGGCUGGCACGCCGGGAAACAGUGAACACGAAAUUAGAGGAAACUCGAAGUGUCCCUUAG